UUCAAGGCUUAAAACCAAUACAAAUACAAAACCACCAUGGAUAAAUGAGAGAGAGAAACAGCAAGUCGUAAAUCAGCAUUUCUCAUUCUACAAAAACCACCAGGCUGGCAGGCAUUGGCACCCUCAAAAACCUCCACAAAAGGUUAUUGAUUUUAUUGUGUAGUAAUCGAUAGUCUGUGUUUUUAGAAGAUAAAGAGAAAUGGAAUCGACGGAGUCGUCUUACGUCUCAUCACCGGAGCAACCGCGGAAGAAAUCUCCUCCACCGCCUGCAUCACCGCUUUCAGAUGCGGUGGAGAAACCGACGUAUAUUAAGUUACUCGUGUCAAAUGCUGCAGCUGGUUCUGUGAUUGGAAAGGGUGGUGCUACUAUUACUGAUUUUCAGUCACAAUCUGGAGCAAGAAUUCAGUUGUCGAAAAAUUAUGAGUUUUUUCCGGGAACAUCUGAUAGGAUAAUUCUGAUAUCUGGAGGAAUUGACGAUGCAUUGAAGGCUUUGGAACUUAUAAUUGCUAAAUUGCUCAGUGAGAUUCCUACUGAAGAUGGAGAUGAUGCUGAACCAAGAAUGAGAGUGAGAUUAGUUGUUCCAAAUAAUGCUUGUGGUAGCAUUAUUGGGAAAGGAGGGUCCAUCAUAAAGUCAUUCAUUGAAGAGUCCCAUGCUGGCAUCAAGAUUUCUCCACUGGAUACAGAUUUUCUUGGAUUGACUGAUCGGCUGGUUGCAAUAACGGGAACUCUAGAAGAGCAAAUGCAUGCAAUUGAUUUGAUUUUGUCUAAGCUAACUGAUGACACUCAUUACUUGCAGAAUAUGCAUGCUCCACUUUCAUAUGCAGGUGUUUUCUUCUCUGGUUUUGACGGUAUUCCAUAUGCAUAUGUGCUUCCUCAUGUUGCUACAGCAGCGUACAACUCAACGAACCAUGGGCUGAAUGGGGCUGGAGUAAAGUUUCAGCAUAACAAGGAGGAUCGUACUAACUCUGUGACGAUUGGUGUUGCUGACGAACAUAUUGGAUUGGUUGUUGGUCGUGGCGGAAGAAAUAUAAUGGAAAUUAGCCAGAAUAGUGGAGCCAGGAUAAAAAUAUCAGACAGAGGUGAUUUCAUGUCUGGAACAAAUGAUAGGAAAAUUACAAUCACAGGAUCACAGAGGGCCAUCCAUGCAGCUGAGGACAUGAUAAUGCAGAAGGUAUCCUAUGCUUCUGAGAGGGAGACAGAUUAGCCUUUGACCAUUCUUAACUAUUUUUGCUGCAAAUUUCUCCGUGGACCUUGCAAUUGCCUAAUUUAUUUGGUGUUUCUCGAAGUUGGUAAACAAAAACUGUGAUGGAAGGAGAAAGAAGGAAGGAAAAUUCUUCAUUAGAGAGGUUUCUAUAGGAAAUUCUUCACACGGUACAACUUCUGUUUCUGGAAACAGUUGCUGGAUUAGGCUAUGUUGGCUUGUCAUAUUAUUAGAUGUAGCCAUGUUUAUCUUCUUGAUACAGUUAUUGACUUUUAAAUUAAUACAUGUUUUACGUCCGAGCUAUCCUUUCAAAGGAUACUUUGCCAUAGUUAAAAUGGAGAUUUGCUGAACUAUUUCCAUCUGAA